CCCUUGACUCUUUCAUCUCACUUUCUGACCCGACAACUUACGAGGAUACAUAACUAAAAAUUCAUAUUCAAAUCCAACUUGAUUAGUCGAACGUCUUCGCGGCGGACAAUCGACGAAUAAAUAUCGCAGUGGGUCCGUCUCUUGGCUAGGAAUCGACAGUAACUCGUUCUCCAUCUCCUUCUUUGUCUAUCUCUCGCUAACGCCAUGCUCACGUCAGUUGUACGGGGAAUAUCGAGGCGCUCAUUUUCAACCUCAAAAUGGGCCGCGGCACAGCAGAUGACCGUAAGAGACGCGCUGAACUCUGCGCUGGACGAGGAGAUGGAGAGAGAUGAGAGAGUAUUUUUGCUCGGGGAAGAAGUGGCGAUGUACGACGGAGCGUACAAGGUGUCUAGGGGGCUGUGGAAGAAGUACGGCGACAAACGAGUCAUUGACACACCGAUUACAGAAAUCGGAUUUGCCGGAGUAGCCGUUGGAGCUGCGAUGGCUGGGCUUCGACCGAUCUGCGAAUUUAUGACCUUCAAUUUCUCCAUGCAAGCCAUAGACCACGUGAUUAAUUCUGCGGCAAAAACAUUCUACAUGUCUGCUGGACAAAUAAACAUCCCAAUGGUGUUCAGAGGCCCGAAUGGUGCAGCCGCUGGUGUCGCCGCGCAACAUUCUCAGUGCUACGGAGCCUGGUACAGUCACUGUCCAGGUCUGAAAGUCGUAUCUCCGUACAACAGCGAAGACGCGAAAGGAUUGUUGAAGGCAGCUAUUCGGGAUCCGGAUCCAGUCGUCGUCCUGGAAAACGAGCUGCUCUACGGAGUCCAGUAUCCGAUGUCAGACGAGGCUUUGUCCAAAGACUUUGUACUGCCGAUCGGUAAGGCUAAGAUCGAACGGACCGGAAACCAUGUUACGAUAGUCGCGCAUUCCAUGGCCGUUCAAAAUGCUCUUGAAGGAGCGAACGAGCUUGCCGGUCAAGGAAUAGAGGCCGAAGUUAUAAAUCUGAGAUCGCUCAGGCCGUUGGACAUAAACACGAUCAUACAAUCGGUGGUAAAAACUCAUCAUUUGAUCACCGUUGAACAAGGAUGGCCUCAUUGCGGUAUCGGGGCUGAAGUUGCAGCCAGAAUUAUGGAGAGUGAGGCGUUUUAUCACUUGGACGCUCCUGUCAUUCGACUAGCAGCGGUCGACUGUCCCUUGCCUUACACCAAGUCGCUGGAGGCUGCCUCGCUGCCACAAACACCCGACGUAGUUAACACAGUGAAGAAAAUACUCGGCGUGGCGCAGUAACAUUGUAGCGACAGUUUAGACCCUCUAGUUACCUAUUUAUCACCCCUCCUUUCGCAGACCUCGUCCUUCUCGCGAAUUAUUAUGCAUCCCUCUGCUCCCAUUCCUCGCCUCCCUUCCCACUCUCCCUCACCUUCGUAUCUCGCGAAAGAGCGCGUUGAAUAUUGAGAGUUGAAAGGAAUGUACACCGAUAUGCGUACUCAGAUGUAAUUAAUAACCGCCUCAAGAUCAAGUACAAAGCAAAACUUGAGGUGGUCAGAAAUAGUAA